GGGCAGGGGUUCCGGGGCUGAGCAGGGGUUCCGGGCAGCGAGCUGCGGUUCCGGGGUUGAGGAGCGGCUCCGGAGCUCAGCGGUGGCUCCGGGGCUCAGCGGCGGGUCUGGGCACUGAGCGGUGGCUCCGGGAAGGGACCGGCAGUGGCUCCAGGCACUGAGCGGCGGUUCCGAGGCUCAGCGGUGGCUCCGGAGCAGAGCAGCGGUUCCGGGCAUUGAGCGGCGGCGGCUCGGGCAUUGAGCCGCGGCUCUGGGAAGGGACCGAGCGGCGGUUCCGGGCACUGAGCGGUGUCCCCGGGAAGGGACCGGCAGUGGCUCCAGGCACUGAGCGGUGGUUCCGGGGCUCAGCGGUGGCUCCGGAGCAGAGCAGCGGUUCCCGGCCACUGAGCGGCGGCGGCUCCGGGAAGGGACCGGCGGCGGCCGCGGGCACUGAGCUCCGCAGCCCCGGGCACUGAGCCCCGGGCACUGAGCCCCGCAGCCCCGGGCCAUGGAGGAGCAGCAGCGGCGGGCGCUGCGGCGCGGGCGGGCCCGGCUGGUGGCGGCGCUGCGGGUGGAGCCGCUCUGGGAGCCGCUGGAGCAGCGCGGCCUCUUCACCCGGCCAAUGCUGGAGGAGCUGCAGAGCGCUGGCAGCCGAGGAGAGCAAGCCCGACAGCUGAUCAUUGACCUGGAGACUCGAGGGAAGCAGGCUUUCCCUGCCUUCCUCUCCAUCCUGCGGGACACCGGGCAGGGUGACCUCGCUGAGAUGCUGCUCCAGGAGUGUGAAUCCCGGCCGGUGCCACCACAGCUGCCAGACCUGCGGCCCGUGGAGCUGGAGCUGCGGGAAGAAAAGCAGCGUAAAAAUGGGACCCCUCACGAACGUUUGUCUAUCCCAGUCCAAGCUGAGAGUGAAAGACCUCGGGUACCUCCUGUGCCAGCCCGGGGUUCAGCUGUUGACAAGAGGAGCCGUGACCAGGAUUAUGAGAUGAAAGCAGAUCCCUGUGGACACUGCCUGAUCCUCAACAACGUCAGUUUCUCCAGAGACUCGGGUCUCUCCACCCGAGAAGGCUCUGACAUCGACUGUGAGAAGCUGGAGAGGCGCUUCAAGGCCUUGCAUUUCACCGUGCUGACCCGGCGGAAUCUGAAAGCUCAGGAAAUGGUGUUGGAGCUGCUGAAGCUGUCACGGCAGGACCACAGUGCUUUGGACUGCUGCAUCGUGGUCAUCCUCUCCCACGGCUGUCAGACGAGCCAUAUUCAGUUUCCUGGAGGCGUUUACGGAACGGAUGGAAAACCCAUUCCCAUAGAAAAGAUUGUGAACUAUUUCAAUGGCUCCAAUUGCCCGAGUUUGGGAGGAAAACCCAAACUGUUCUUCAUCCAGGCCUGUGGUGGAGAGCAAAGGGAUCAAGGCUUUUUAGUGGAUUGUGAUUCACCUGAAGAGGAAACUCCUGGGGGUUCUUUGGAAUCGGACGCGACCCCGGUUCGGGUUCCGUCGGGUAACGUGGAUGAGCCCGAUGCCGUUGCCAGUUUGCCCACACCCAGUGACAUCUUGGUUUCCUACUCCACUUUUCCAGGUUUUGUCUCCUGGAGGGAGAAGUCGAGAGGCUCGUGGUAUGUGGAAAUGCUGGACAGUGUGCUGGAGCAAUAUGCCCAUUCAGAAGACCUGCUCAACAUGUUAGUGAGGGUAAAUGUCUUUGUUUUCUGCUUUUUCUUGAUGAAGGAAAUAGGCAGGGGUGUGAUCAGUUGGAAGCCUACACUCAAAAAAGGAGUGAGGAUAUUGAUUGUUGAGUUUAGGGAUGGGCUAAUUUGAGGUACUGCAGUGAGGUUUAAUUACAAAGAAAGUGUCUGGCCUCAAUCUGCCAAAAAUCACUGGAGGUUUUUCCAGUGAGGAGUAAUCCUGGCAACACAGGCUUUAAUCCUUCUGAAGAAAUUGCUGAAAAAAUGUUGUGGCUUGUCCUAUGCAGGCUGAUGGGAUUUGGGUGCUCCUGUAAGCUUGUCCUGGGGGUGGAGGAGCACAGUACAAUGAGUCUGGCUGAUCAAAGUCUUCCUUUGUGUGCCUUGCUGACACAACACUGCCAAAGUUGCCUACAAGGUGCCCCAGAUACUUUUUCUGUUCUCCAUGGGUAGGAGACAAGUCCAAGGUGGAGGGAAAGAGGACUUAGAGAAUCACCUUAUUGUUGUUUUGUGGUCAUUGAGGGGCUUCUUUGGCCACCUUGGAGUGGCAGCCAUCGAUUUCAAGGGAUGGGGAGAGCAUCCUGCUCCUCAGCCUCUCUCCUGUUCCCAGGUGGCACGUGCUGUCUCUGCCAAGGGGAGGUACAAGCAGAUCCCAGGAUGUUUCAAUUUCCUCCGUAAAAAAUUCUUCUUCGUGUGUGACUGACACCUGGGCUUCGAGCCC